AUGCCGGUGCCACCUCACCGUCCGCGGUCAGAGUCGAAGACUGGUCUGCGGCCAGCGGCAAAGCCUCCCAGUGCCGGUGUGGGCGUCGGCAAAAGCAGCGGUAGAAGUGGCAGCAGAGCGCGCUCGAAUAGCAGAGCUGACCUGCGACCGGAGGUGCCGGAUACACCUGCAGUCCCUACACCUAGCCGCCAAAGUCUCCAGAGUGAGGCAGAGAUUGACGGCGAAGUUGCCCGACUGCGUGCAGAGAAUGAUCGCCUGCGCCAGCUACUGGAGAAGGGUGAUGGUGCUCCCUGGACAUCAGUGUUGUUCCUGGAGCUUGAACGGGAAAGCUAUGAGCAGCAGCGCAUCCUCUGCUUGAAGCGGGAGCUGUGCAUGGCACUUCAGCGGCGACGCAGACUAGAGCAAGCCGUCCGUGCUGGGCAUGCCAGCCUGGAGCGUGCACUUUAUGGUGCGUUGAGUCAAGAGGGGGCAUCCUUGCAGACUCUGGAGCAAGCCUUCGUAGAUGGUACGGCUGCAGCUGAGUCUGAUCUUGCAGAGGAGGCGAUGCUCUUAGACGCAGACGCCGCGCCCAAGCAACCUGGGCGACGUGCCCCAAGCCCAGCACACACACCGAGCUCGGCUUCUGCAGCAGGUCCAGCGAAGGCCACGUCUUCACGAAGACUCUGGGAAGCUGCAGAGAUUUACCAGCUUGAGCAAGCUGUGUUCCAGGCGGCUUCUUCACUGAUGGCCUUUGCGGAGGCCUCCGGCGAAGCCUGGGCCGAUCAGCUGGCUGCUCGACUUCAGACACUGAGCUGGCAGCUGCUCCGAGCCCGGGAGCUCCCUGUCACGAGUGCAGACGUGGAUGCAUCGACUGCUGCAGUUCGCAGAAGGCUUUGGAGAUUCAUGGCUGGCCGUCCACUGGCAAAGUGCAGAGAUCAGCCAUCAGAAGGUGUUCUUUCUGGCCCCGAUAUGGUUGCCACUCCAGUUCGGCUACCACUGUGUUUGCUCCGCGCUCUGCAAGACAUGGUUGAGGUCGCGAGCGGUGAGAAGGAGCUGCGGACAGAGGUGGAGCAAGCAGUUGCGAGCAUGCUGGAGCUGGCGGAUCUAGGCGAUCUAUGGGACCGCAUCAUCGUUCGCUGCACUCCGUCCCAUCCUGUCGCGAAGGUGGCUCGCCCCGCGGCUGCGCUCGCCCCAGCCGGCCUGCGCUUCCACUGCCAGGUGCCGUGUGGAAUUUUCACGGACGAGCUCCGUGUGCAGGCAAUGAUGGAGGAUGCUUCCACGAUCCGCAAGGCCGUGGUGCAAGCCCAGGAGCUCCACAAGGCAGGCGGCUUGCAGGACGUGCACCAGAUGGUGCGCUGGAUUACCACGAAGGAGGAUCACGCCCAGAAGAUCAUGACGACCACAGCCGACUACUUCCUUGCACAGAAGGUUAAGAAGGCAGACCUCAGCGAAGACGACUAUCUCAAGCGACUUGCGCUUCACCAUGAUGUCAUGGUCGCCGCCAUGAAGGCCAAGCAGUCUUCGGAGCUUGGCCCCGUUGACACCUUGGACAAGGCCAUUGAGGCCCUGGCGCCGAUCUACAAGAAGUGA